AUGACCGGCGAAUAUCGCAAUGACGGCAAGACAGCCGAGCCAAAAGCUGUUGGAAGCGAUGGGCAAUCGGUUAUUCUUGGAGAGCUCCAUGGUAUGGACGAUGAUGCCAUCCUACGAGCACAAGGACACGCCCCGGCAUUGAAGAGGACAUUCAAUACUCUUGGAACCCUUGGUUUAGGCUUCAUAUUUGGCCUGAUCGUGGCUUGCUUUGUACAAUGGAUUGUAGCCGCUGGCAUGGCUGAAGAAGCCUCUGCUUUUCCGUCUUCGGGAGGCCAAUACCACUUUACAUCUAUCUUGGCCCCGAAAAAACACAAAAAGUUUGCGGCCUUCUCGGUUGGGUUGCUCAGCAUCGUCGGGUGGUGGGUCAUCACUUGUUCAGGGCUGUCCAAUAAUGUUCAGUCGAUCAUGGGUAUGGUUCAGUUUGUGAAUCCCAGCUUCGAACCCCAACGCUGGCAGUUUUAUCUGGUGUACCUUGCACUUUUAGUUGUUACUCGUAAGUCCCAUCUUACUCCAUCCAUCAGCAGACGCUUCCCACCCAACUCCUGA